GGGGCGGCUCCGGGCGGCGGCGCGGCCGAGCGCUCGGUCCUGCGGCUCCAGCUUCCUGCCUCCGUCCCGACGCCUGCGCCGUGCACUCGGCGUCCCGGCUCGGACCCCGGCGCCCAGCCCGUGGCCGUAACCUUGAGGCGGCGGCGGGGCCGGGCCGGGCCGGGCUGGGGGGCGGCGGCUCUGGAAUCGAGGCCGGCCGGCCGCUGGCGGGAGAUGUCGAACCCUGGGACGCGCAGGAACGGCUCCAGCAUCAAGAUCCGUCUGACAGUAUUAUGUGCCAAGAACCUUGCAAAGAAAGACUUCUUCAGACUUCCUGACCCCUUUGCCAAGAUUGUAGUGGACGGCUCUGGGCAGUGCCACUCAACCGACACUGUGAAAAACACCUUGGACCCAAAGUGGAACCAGCACUAUGACCUGUACGUUGGGAAGACCGACUCCAUAACCAUCAGCGUGUGGAACCACAAGAAGAUUCACAAGAAGCAGGGGGCUGGCUUCCUGGGCUGCGUGCGCCUGCUCUCCAACGCCAUCAGCAGAUUGAAAGACACUGGCUACCAGCGUUUGGAUCUAUGCAAACUAAAUCCCUCAGAUACUGAUGCGGUUCGUGGCCAAAUAGUGGUUAGUUUACAGACUCGAGACAGAAUAGGCAGUGGCGGAUCGGUGGUGGACUGCAGAGGACUGCUGGAAAAUGAAGGAACAGUGUAUGAGGACUCAGGCCCCGGAAGGCCGCUCAGCUGCCUCAUGGAGGAACCUGCCCCAUAUACAGACGGUACUGGUGCAGCAGCCGGAGGUGGCAACUGUCGGUUUGUGGAGUCUCCAAGCCAAGACCAGAGACUCCAGGUACAACGCCUCCGAAAUCCUGAGAUUCGAGGGUCCCUACAGACGCCCCAGAAUCGACCACAUGGCCACCAGUCACCGGAGUUGCCUGAAGGCUAUGAGCAAAGGACGACAAUACAGGGACAAGUUUACUUUUUGCACACACAGACUGGAGUCAGCACGUGGCACGACCCCAGGAUCCCCAGAGACCUUAACAGUGUGAACUGCGAUGAACUCGGGCCGCUGCCUCCAGGCUGGGAAGUCAGAAGUACAGUGUCGGGAAGAAUCUAUUUUGUAGAUCACAAUAAUAGGACAACCCAGUUUACAGACCCACGGCUUCACCACAUCAUGAAUCACCAGUGCCAACUCAAGGAGCCCAGCCAGCCGCUGCAGGUGCCCAGCGAGGGCUCAGUGGAGGACGAGGAGCUGCCUGCCCAGAGAUACGAGAGAGAUUUAGUCCAGAAGCUCAAAGUUCUGAGGCACGAGCUCUCUCUUCAGCAGCCCCAAGCUGGUCAUUGUCGCAUAGAAGUUUCCAGAGAAGAAAUAUUUGAGGAGUCAUAUCGCCAGAUCAUGAAGAUGCGGCCGAAAGACCUCAAGAAGCGCCUGAUGGUAAAGUUCCGAGGGGAGGAAGGUUUGGACUAUGGUGGAGUGGCACGGGAGUGGCUGUAUCUGUUGUGCCAUGAAAUGUUGAAUCCAUAUUAUGGACUCUUCCAGUAUUCUACGGACAAUAUUUACACACUGCAGAUCAACCCAGACUCUUCUAUCAACCCUGACCAUCUGUCUUACUUCCACUUUGUGGGUCGCAUCAUGGGUCUGGCUGUGUUCCAUGGACACUACAUAAACGGGGGCUUCACAGUCCCGUUCUACAAGCAGCUCCUGGGGAAACCCAUCCAGCUGUCGGAUCUGGAGUCAGUGGAUCCAGAGCUGCACAAGAGCUUGGUGUGGAUUCUAGAGAAUGACAUCACGCCAGUGCUGGACCACACCUUCUGCGUGGAGCACAAUGCUUUCGGGCGGAUCCUUCAGCAUGAACUAAAACCUAAUGGCAGAAAUGUGCCCGUCACUGAGGAGAAUAAGAAAGAAUACGUCCGGUUGUACGUAAACUGGAGGUUUAUGAGAGGCAUUGAAGCCCAGUUCUUAGCGCUGCAGAAAGGCUUUAAUGAACUCAUUCCCCAACACUUACUGAAGCCCUUUGACCAGAAGGAACUAGAGCUGAUAAUAGGUGGACUGGAUAAGAUAGACCUCAACGACUGGAAGUCAAACACGAGGCUGAAGCAUUGUGUGGCCGACAGCAACAUCGUCCGGUGGUUCUGGCAGGCGGUGGAGACCUUCGACGAGGAGAGGCGGGCCAGACUUCUGCAGUUCGUGACGGGAUCCACGCGCGUUCCUCUCCAAGGCUUCAAGGCUCUGCAAGGCUCUACAGGCGCGGCAGGGCCCCGGCUAUUCACCAUCCACUUGAUAGACGCCAACACAGACAACCUACCCAAGGCCCAUACCUGCUUUAACCGGAUCGACAUCCCACCCUAUGAGUCCUAUGAAAAGCUCUAUGAGAAGCUGCUGACGGCAGUGGAGGAGACCUGUGGCUUUGCCGUGGAGUGACGAGAAGCCAGAGGCUGCAGAGUCUCGCUCACAACCACCAGACCCAAAGCAAAUGGCGUCUGCACGCCUCCCGCAUAGCGGGCUGAGGCCUGAGAUUCUAGAAACCUGAGGGAAAAGGCUCGUCUCCCUCCUCCUCUGGGGCGGGCAGGCCAGGGGACUUUCACAGGUGGCUCCCACCCGUUUAUCCUUCCUUUAUUACAGUUCACCCACCCUCCAUCACCCAUCCAAUAAAACGCAGCCAGGUUUCACCCUCAGCCUCCUUGGCAUGGUGGGAAGGCUGUGGUGUCUCCGGGAGUAUCGACCCAUGAUCAGGACCAAGCUGGGCCCCUGAGGGUUUGGUUUGCAUGGUCUCUGUGCCAGCUCUCCCCUCUCAGUGUAGCCUAAAGGCCCCUUUUCAAGUUUUAGCAGCUGCCGAUAGCUUCCCAGGCUCAGAUUCCAGGCAUCACAAGCUAGCUGCCUGUUCCAGGUAGCAGGUGGAUUUCUAAGCAGGAAAUAAACACACAGUGUAUGCUUGCUGGGAUUCCACCAUGGCAGGAAGCUCGAGGCAAAAUGUGUUUUCUCCUUGGAGAGGUAAAGGAAUUGGAGCAGCCUUCAUGGAGGCCCAGGCUAUUUCUUUUCAGGGUAUCCUGGCUGAAAAGAUGGCUUUGCACAGGGGGAAAAAAUCUUUAAAAGUCCAAUUUGCUGUGUUCUCUACCCAGUUUGAAAUUCUCACGUCAUGGAGCUAAGCAAAGAAUGACCAAAAUCAGCCUCAGACCCCUGGACCCAGCUCUGUUCCUGUGCCUGGGGAUCCGGAGGCUCCUGGCUGUCUUGAAAUGCUACUGGACUUUUUUUAAAUAUGGGAAUUGCUAAGAGCUAAACUAACCGAACAAUUUUGUCACCACAGCCACUGGAUUGGGACAGCAGGAGAGACUGCUGACCUGGGGUCCCCUGAUGCAGCUCCCCAGGGUUGGUGCUAUGCACAAAGCAGGGUGUGACGGAGCCUGUGGCAACAGGGUGGGGGCUUUACCUCCCUACAUGGCCCUCUCCCCCAGUGGCAAC